UAAACCACGUGCCCUUUGAUAUUGCGUCUUGCAUAUAUAAGGUAAAAAACCCUGAUGCUUCUUAAACAUUUUUAGGUUCUAAAAACCAAAAUAAGCUACGUAAGAUGCGGACCAAUAUGUUUGUUGUUGGUGCUCUACUUUGCUUCCUGAACAUUGCCUGUGCGAUUGACCAUUAUGCUCUAACCUACAAUUAUUUCGAUGAGAUGGCCCAGAAUUAUUGCGCUGCAAAAGGCACAGGUUGGACGUUCAGUUUGCGACGGGAUUGUGGCAACGUGGCUCCAACGUGUAACGACAUCUGUGAGUCAGCAUCGGCCGAAAUUUUAAGAAUCAUUUACCAUCAACAACACAAAGUUGCAUGUUUUGAUGCAUUCGAAAUCAAUAAAGACCACAAUCAACUGCUGGCUAACCCAACAAUCUCUCAGCCGGACGCAGGAAAGGUUAGUUUCGCCACCUAUGGUUAUGGUUCUGGCGGAUGCACUUGGCCACCCAAUAACUGCGGACCAAACUAUUGCUGUUGCAAUGCGUUCGAUUAGAGCAACGUACAGUCGGGAACCGACUAUUAUUGAUUUACAUGAUUGUUGCUUUUAUCCAAUAUGCAACGUUUUACUACUGACGACUUCUGGACAAUAUAAUGCAUAAAAUGUAGCUACACGAUAAUCUCAGUUUGAAGUUAUAUGAUAUGUACGUUUUAGAGCUGAAGAUAGAAUAAGUCGUGAAAAUAUAACGCAAGCCAUAUGUAAGACUUUUCGAAACAAUAUAUAUAUAUAUAUAUAUAUAUAUAUAUAUAUAUAUAUAUAUAUAUAUAUAUAUAUAUAUAUAUGUAUAUUAUAUAACAAUUUCUACAUAACUUUGCAUUCACUAAUAAACUUAAAUUCACA